AUGGCUUUCAUCGGUCAGAUUAUCGAGGCUUUACCGAGUCGCGACGCUCCAAAUGCAGCAAAGCCAAGCUCUAGGUCAGUCUUGGGCGCCGCAGCUACUUUAACAGCGGCCGCUGGUGCCUCUGUCGCGGCUUAUGGGAUGCAACAGGCUAAGAACCGCAAACACCGGGGUUCGGAGGCCAAACGAGAAUCAGAUCGACUGGGAGUUGACGACCAGCAAGAUGUGGAAGAGGUUCAAGUCCUUCCUUGA